AUGACAGCAUCGCGUCUCACCUCGGCAUCUCACUGCAAGACUGCACAUACUGCGCAUCCGGCGCCCACGGAACAGAAGAUCAAAUCCACCGCCUUCAAAGUGUGGUCUUUGGUAAAACGAAAUCGAAAAUCAGUGAUGUGA